GAGUUGUCCUGGUUUUUCAACCUCUCUCUCUAAUUCGCAAGCAUCCCCAAAUUGCACAAAACUAGGGUUUUCAGAUCAUCUCGAAGAGAAAAAGAUGGGGAAAAUUCCAGUGAAGAUGAAGGCAGUGCAAUACGCAUUAUCACCAUAUCAGCAGAAAGUGAUGCCAGGGUUAUGGAAAGAUUUGCCUGGAAAACUCACUCACAAGGUGACGGAAAAUUGGAUCAACGCUUCUCUUUUGCUCGUACCUCUUGUCGGAGUAUACUCUUAUGUUAAUUGGUACCAGGAGAAGGAGAAAUUGGAGCAUCGCUACUAGUUUUUUUGAGGUUUUCUCGUUUGUUCUCUCUUUUUGAUUAUAUUAUCUGAGUCGGAUGUUUCUAUGCUCAGAUCUUUUGUUCUAUUUUGGAAGAAAUUUCUACAAGCUGCUCUACUAUUGGAUCUGUAUGGUUUUCGUGUGAAUUUUAACAAGGUACACUUGUUUGUUUGGAACUAAGUUACAAUAAAUUGGAAUUGAUUAUGUUUAACUA